AGCUGUAUGGCUGUUCUCCCACAGGUGUGUUAUGAAAGUCCUCGGCACCAGCCUGGGAGAAGCGACCUGGCUUUUAGCUGUCAUCAUUCUAAUCAUUGCUGCGGUCUUUAAUUAUUUCGACGACAGUCCUUCAGUGAAAUACACGAGCAUGGCAGAGGACUUGAAGAACCUGGAGGAAACGUUCAGGCAGCAGAACAAGACCUGCUUCGUUCUGGGUGCUUCAGGGGAAACGGGCAGGGUGCUGCUUCAGGAGCUGCUGGAGCGAAACAUCUUCUCCAAGAUUACCCUCAUCGGACGGAGGCGGCUGAGCUUUGAAGACGAAGCGUAUAAAAACCUGGUACAGGAGGUGGUUGACUUUGAAAAGCUUGAUGACCACGCUGCCGCCUUCAAGGGUCAUGAUGUGGGCUACUGCUGUCUGGGAACAACCAGAGCCAAAGCAGGAGCUGAUGGAUUCGUCCGAGUGGAUCAUGACUACGUGCUGAAAUCUGCUGAACUGGCCAAGGCUGGAGGCUGCGCUCACUUCCACCUGGAGUCCUCAAGAGGAGCAGACAAAAACAGCAACUUCCUCUACCUCAAAGUCAAGGGCCAAGUGGAAGCAGAAAUCGAGGCACUUGGAUUUGACAGAUUGGCCAUUUACAGACCAGGGGUUUUGUUGGUGGACCGACGGGAGAGUCGACCUGGCGAGUGGGUUAUUCGGAAGUUCUUCGGUGCCGUCUCUGCCGUCUGUUCAACUUCCAUGGCCAUCCCAAUCCAAGUGGUGGCGAAAGCGAUUGUGUCCAACACUCUGCGUCAGCCUGAGCAGAAGACCGAGGUCCUGGAGAACAAAGAUAUUACCAGUGUGGGAUUAAGUAAGGGGAAAUAAAGGAGCAUAGGAAAAAACACUGAUUCAUAAAAUAGUGUUGAAAGGGCACCAAUGACACAAAUAAUAUCAUCUGCAUCUAAGAUGUUUAUUCUUUAUAUCAUUAUUUGGCAAAUGCCAGAUGUGAGAAUAAACACUAACGUUGUACAAUGUCCAGACUAAACUUAAAAUAGUCUGAACCAAAUAGUUAACAUAAUUCCACGUGAUUAUUGCAGAUAUGUAAAGAGGACAACAUAUUACAGUCGUCAUCACUUCAGAAUGUUUUUACAGUGCUUGAUAUUGGACAUUCAUGUAUUUAUGGCUAAAUCCAAAGGAUCUUUAUUUAAAAUGUUCAUUAAAAUUAAACAUGUUUAAGGAACGUUGAAAAUUUUUCAUCAGGGAAGCUUUGUAGCCUUUUUAGUUUUAAUUAUUUGUACUUUGACACAAUAAACCAAUGCCUUAAGACAAAUGCUAUUUUUAGACAUGCCUAUAACAAACUUGUUACAAAUUAAUUGUGUGUGUGUGUGUGUGUGUGUGUGUGUGUGUGUGUAAAUUGUCUCUGAGAUUAUCUGUUGAUUGUACUUUAAACACAGCUCCUGUGCUAUAAAUAUGAUAUAUUGGUAUUCUUUUAUGAUGCCGAUGUCAUGAAACCUUUUUGUUUACAUGCUUCUGAAGGUAAACGGAGGCUUACAUGUUUGAACUGUAAAGUGGGUUCAUGGAGAAAUAAAAAAAUGG